AUGGGAGAAGGAGGAGGGGGAAGAAGAGGGACUUCAAAGCUGAGAGAAGCAGCAAGGAAGGUGGCUGUGGCAGCAGCUUAUGCAUGUGGCUCUUUCUCAAGGAGAAAGGCUUUGGUGGAUCCAGUCUCCAUUGACACCUCUUGUAGUCUAUCUGCCACUGCCUCAAAUUCUUCAUUUGUGUCUCCAUCAAGAACAAAAAAUUCCCCAGGGGAGGUAAUAGAAGAAACAGAUUCUGGUAUAACUACCAACAUCAACAAUGAGUUUCAUGGCAAGAAUUUGUGUGCAAUAUGUUUAGAUCCUCUGAGUUACCACAGCAAGGGAAGUAGUCCAGGUCAAGCUAUAUUCACUGCUCAAUGCUCUCAUGCAUUCCAUUUUGCCUGCAUCUCUUCCAAUGUCCGCCAUGGUAGUGUCACUUGCCCCAUUUGUCGUGCCCAUUGGACCCAGCUCCCUCGCAACCUAAACAACAACCUUGGUGGUCCUUUUACUUCUACCAACCAAAGUGAUCCCAUUCUCCGAAUUCUGGAUGAUUCCAUUGCCACCUUUCGCGUUCAUCGCAGAUCUCUUCUACGCUCUGCACGCUAUGAUGAUGAUGAUCCUGUUGAACCUGAUGACACACCUGACAGUCCUAAGCUGUGUUUCUCUCUUGUGCCUACUCCACCAAAUGCACCAACCAGUUACCAUCCAGCUUUGCAAGUGACUAAACAUGCCUCGUGCCCUUGCCAUCUAUCAUGCCACCCUUUAACUUGCAGCUCCUCAUCACUGCUACAGUCUCCACCAAUGCAAACUCCUUAUAUGAUGUGCCCCUCCUCCAAUAGAGCCUACCUCUCUGUGAAACUGACCCAUGAACGAGCCACUGACUUGGUCUUGGUUGCUAGUCCAAAUGGACCACACCUAAGACUUCUCAAACAAGCAAUGGCUCUUGUGGUUUUCUCCCUCAGACAGAUAGACCGCUUGGCCAUAGUUACAUAUUCCUCAGCUGCGGCUCGUGUCUUCCCCUUAAGACGCAUGACAUCCUAUGGAAAGCGCACCGCCCUUCAAGUAAUUGACCGGUUGUUCUACAUGGGGCAAGCUGAUCCAGUUGAAGGGUUGAAGAAAGGCAUCAAAAUACUUGAAGAUCGUGUGCACAAAAACCCCGAGUCAUGUAUCCUGCACUUAUCAGAUAAUCCUACAAGACCAUACCAUGCUAUAAGCAUGGAACUACCUUCUACACCAAUUCAUAGAUUUCAUGUCGGAUUUGGCUUUGGCACUUCUAGUGGAUUUGUCAUACAAGAGUUUGAAGAGUUCUUGGCGAAGAUGCUGGGAGGCAUUGUGCGUGAAAUCCAGCUGAGAAUAUGUGGGGCUGGAGAGGAAGUUGGCAGUGGCAGAGUGAUAAGAAUUGGAGAGAUAAGAGGUGGAGAAGAAAGAAGGAUUCUGUUAGACCUUGGUGACUGCACUCAUGUGUAUGUGGAAUAUAGCUACAUUGAAGGUGAAAUUGAUGAGUGUGUUAGGAGGACAGGGGAAACUGUUGUAGGUGUUGGAGAACAUAAAGAUGAAGCUUCAGAAGGUGGUGAAGAAACAGUGAGGGAUAUAAACACAGGUGGUGGUGGUGGUAGGACUAGCAAUGUUGAAAGCUGGGAUUUUCACGACCCUUACAUGGCCAGAAGAUGGGCCAAACAUUUGCAUGGCUAUAGACUUUGA